AUGUUCCGCGAGCCAGAGCUGCCGGAGCAGUCCGAGGCAACAAAGGGAAAGUAUCUCUGCCUCACCAUUUGCGGCUACCGCAAGCCGGGCAUGACCGAGGAGGAAUACCGCAACCAUAUGGUCAACAUCUCAGCCCCCAUGACCAAGGGGCUGAUGGUCAAGUACGGGAUCAAGAGGUGGACGCAGAUUCACAACCAAAGUGCCACUCGGGCAUUGAUGAGUCAACUCUUCGACCCGCAGAUGGCCAACAUCGCAGACUUUGACUGCUUCAGCCAAGUGGUGUUCAGGGACAUUGAAGACUACAAGCGCAUGAAGCAGGACCCGUGGUACAAGGAGCACCUGGUGGGUGAUCACGAGAAAUUCGCCGACACCAAGAGGAGCAAGAUGACUAUCGGUUGGGUCGAGGAGUACGUGAGGGAUGGCAAAGAGGUGGAUGGCUUUGCCUAA